UAGAGAAUGCCCCUUUUCGGUAACAAGUUUUCGCCGAAAAAAGCACCCCAAAGGAAAUCCGCGGCGGAUUCUCCAAGGCACGCUUUGACGCAGUUAGUAUCCGAAGAAAGAACAGUCAAAUUGAGUUUGGGAGACGAACAGUAUUUGUUCGAUAGCGGAGAUUGGAUAGCCGAAAACGAACAACAUGGCAUGAACAAAUCCAAACAGAAAAUGAAGAAAAAACUGCAAGACCUAGAAGAAGAAAAUAAUUUGUUAAAGUUGAAAUAUGAAAUGAUGUUGAAUAUGAUCACUCAAGCAGCUGCUAAAGGCGAUUUAAACCAAUUAGAUAUAACAAAAACCAAGAAGAAGAAAUAAUGGGAUAUCGGACUAAUUUUAUUCACUUACUUAAUAUUAAAAAUCAUUUAUUUGGA